AUCGUGUUGUAUGUGUUAGGUAUACCUCACUAUUAUUUGCUUCCGCCUUGUUUAUUAUUGAUUUCCCACCUCCAAAGUUUCUCGAGCAAUCACACAGGACCUUGAAAGCAUUUGCAUUCGCAAAACUAGAACCAUGGCUAUUGCCACUUCUCCCGUAUCCUUGUGGAGCCGGAAACGCGAUCUCGUCUACUUCGCAUUCUUCGCCAUCCAUGUCCCCAUCAUCUUCUUGGUCGAUGCCGCUCCCAUCCUGCCGUCUUUCCUCCAGUCCAAUCUCAGCGUGACGCUACGCGAGUUCUACAUCGAAACCUAUCAUGACAAGUUCUUCGAGGAGACCCCAACCACUUGGUUUACCUUCUUUCUGUUGAUGGAGCUAUUCUAUCAUGUUCCGCUCAGUGUCUGGGCUCUACGCGGCCUGAAGAAAGAUGAUCCUCUUGUUCCCGUCCAUUUGCUCGUUUUCGGAGUGCAAUCGUUUCUCACCUCGGCCAUCUGUCUGGUGGAGGUCUGGAGCUGGACGGACCGUACGCUCGCCCAGAAGCAGAAUAUUACCAUGCUCUAUGGUCCUUAUGUUGCUCUCGGCGCAUUUAUGGCAGUCGACAUGUUUUGUAGACUCCGCGAGCGACUUGUGCUCAAGUCCAAGUUGGAUUAGACGGCUAAGUCCCUCGAAAUUUAGUUUGGUUACUUUCGUUGGAUCUGCGACGGGCUUCAUGCCCCAGGUAGCGAAAGGUUGGAAGAAGGGGUGGUCAGGAAUUAGAAAGCAGAUCUUGGUCACCACAUACGCACAUAGAUUACUACAGUUGCUCGGAUAGAGGCACGCAAAAAUACUG